CGGAAGUACGUCACGAAAUCACCGGAUAUGUCCGAGCGGUGCCGCGUGAAGGCCCUUUUCCGUCUCACGAGAAGUGUGGUGCACACCGUCAAACACGAUGACUGAGUGGGAGACUGCGCCCGCCGUGGCCGAGACCCCCGAGAUCAAGCUCUUUGGCAAGUGGAGCACCGACGAUGUCCAGAUUAAUGACAUCUCUCUGCAGGACUACAUUGCCGUAAAGGAAAAGUACGCCAAGUACCUGCCGCACUCCGGGGGCCGCUAUGCUGCCAAGCGCUUCCGCAAGGCUCAGUGCCCCAUCGUGGAGCGUCUGACCAACUCCAUGAUGAUGCACGGCCGCAACAACGGCAAGAAGCUGAUGACGGUGCGCAUCGUCAAGCAUGCUUUCGAGAUCAUCCACCUGUUGACUGGAGAGAAUCCCCUCCAAGUCUUGGUGAACGCCAUCAUCAACAGCGGUCCCCGUGAGGACUCCACCCGUAUCGGCCGUGCUGGUACUGUCAGGAGGCAGGCUGUGGAUGUGUCACCUCUACGUAGGGUCAACCAGGCCAUCUGGCUGCUGUGCACGGGAGCAAGAGAAGCUGCUUUCAGGAAUAUCAAGACUAUUGCAGAGUGUCUGGCUGAUGAACUGAUCAACGCAGCAAAGGGUUCCUCAAAUUCCUAUGCUAUCAAGAAGAAAGACGAGUUGGAGAGAGUUGCAAAGUCCAACCGUUAACGUACUUUCCUACACCAAUAAAUUUGGAUUCAUCA